AAGAUUGGGGCAUGAGAUCGAUAUAAUGGCUAUAAGGGGUUUGCUAUUGGGAGAGACCAAUUUUAGAUUCAAGUCUCUUUUGCGCUAAAGAAGUGUAUAAGGUUGAGGCAUUCUUGCUCUGUAGCUCCUCGCAAUUGGCUGCAAUAAUUUUUCUUUAAAAAAAAAAAUAGUAAAUAGCGAAUGCAAUUUUAGGUUGAUGAUUAAUUACUCAAGAAAGUUAAUUAGGUUCCAAGUCCUAAUCCAAGUUGAACAAAACCAUUUUCAAUCGGGUCCAAUAUCGGGGUGAUUUUUCCGGAAGAACCGACUCCGACUUGACUGCCAAGAAAAGAGAAACUUGUAAUUUUCUUGAACAAGAAAACUGAAACUCCCUUUCAAUCAAAAAUAAUUUUUUGAAAAAAACAGAGCAAAGAAAAUGACGAUGACAAAGUUUCGAAACUUGACUGCAACAUUUACACCGAGAUCAUCUCUAUUUUUCUCUUCUUCCUUAAAGAAUUACUUCUUUUCUUCCUCUCCAUUUCCAUCUCCGUUACCAAUCGAUACCGUCUCAGAAACUGCGGCUGAUGUUGCUGGAGAAGUGCUGUACCCAGACGCGUCAACCCUCCCGAGCCCUGUUACACUACCCACUCUCCUCCAGCCACGUGUCGUCGUCUACGAUGGUGUCUGCCAUCUCUGCCACCGAGGAGUGAAGUGGGUGAUUAAAGCAGAUAAAUAUAGGAAGAUUAAGUUUUGUUGUCUCCAAUCAAAGGCUGCUGAGCCAUACUUAAGAUUGUGCGGUCUUGACCGAGAUGAUGUUCUCCGCCGCUUUCUCUUCAUUGAGGGUCCUGAUUUGUACCACCAAGCAUCCACUGCCGCACUGAGAGUAGUUUCAUAUUUGCCUCUACCAUACUCCGCUUUAAGCACGCUCUUAAUCAUCCCAACUCCCCUCAGGGAUGCAGUCUACGACUAUGUUGCCAAAGGACGCUACAAUUGGUUUGGAAAGGCUGAUGAUUGCUUGGUUUUGAAAGAUAAGGAGUUGCUUGAGCGAUUCAUAGACAGGGGUGAGAUGAUGGGUUGAUAGUUGAUCGUAACUGUAAAUUACUUGGGAAGAUGUGCAUUCAAAGAGUGUACGCUUUUACUACAAGAUACUUUGGAGAUAUACAUUUAAGUCAAGUUUAGAAUUGUUGCCGGUGCAUAUAUUAACAUGUAUUUCAUUUUCAUCGAAGAGACAUACGGACGUUAAAUAGCUUGCUUCACUUUGAAACACAUGUAUCAAAGUAUCCAACAAAGUCUUGGACCUUACGCUCUGAUGUGUACUAGUUUGUUGACUAUUUGCAUACAAUUGGCUUUCAAAGGGACCCACUCAUGUCAAUAAAAAGAAAAACUUAACUAGAA